AUGGCUGCGACACCCUUUGACCCGUCCCAUCCCGCCACCAACUUCUUCGACAUAUACAAUGACGCGACGGCCCCGGCGCGCGGCGCCAUGUCGCCGAGCCUGCCCUGCGGCGGCUGCAACUUUGUGGAUCUAACGCCCGGGGCAAACGGCGCCAAGUGCGGAUGUCGUCGCUUCUGGGUGCGGCAGGCUCCUGGGAGCCCCGUCAUGGACCAGUCCGGUUGGUGCAUGUGCAACCAUCAUGCCUGCUUCCACGACGAAGGCUUUCGCGACCGCGACGGACCGCCCGCCGAGGUAAACAUUCCCAACCCCGGACAGGAAAAUGAAAGGCCCAGGACCGGACGGGAGCCGUUGAGCCCGGUCAUAGGAAUAUCCCUCAAAACACCGCCUGCCGUGCCGGGCAUGGAGUUUUCCAGUUUCGGACCAGGACCCCUCUCUUUCAUCCACGACAUGCCCCAGGAGGAGAACCGGCAGUCUGGAGGCCUGGUGACCCAGGCAAAACCCCCGGGAUCCAUGCCCGAUACCUUGGCUUGGGGCGAUGUCUUCCAAUCGCCGACUCCUGCGAGCGCGAAUAUGCUGCCUCCCAUCCCUUCUCAGUGUCUGCUGCCGUCGCAGACCGCCUCUACUACCUCGUCAUACCAGGCCAAGUAUUUGCGGCCAUUCGCAGGCAAGGGACUGCAGACACUAAGUGGUGCCACGGGAGUCAAGCCACGCGGUCCCACUGAGCAGCCCAAGGAGCUGGUUUCCGUCGCCGAGGAGCACGCUCGUCAGGUGGAGACCUUUGAGUUCGUGGACCAUGGCGACGAGGAUGAGGCCGCGUCCAGACCCGGAACAGCAACUCAAACGGAGCCUAGGGCCGCAGCGGCGUCAUCGGAUGUCAAGCCAGAGAUGAUUCGGCAGCUGGCCGAUGCCGUCGGCGACCACGGGCAGCGCCUCGACAAGUUGGAGACUGUCUCCUUCCACGACGACUGGCACGAACGAUGGGAUAACAUGGACGUGCGAAUGACAGAACUGGAAACGAGAGUCGAAGAGGUUGAGAAGUUCUCGAAUGACAAUGCCAGCGUGGUCCACGUUCGUCGCGGCCGUGACGAGGAUGCCGCCACGCAGAGCAUGGUGUCAGUAUCGACCAGCACAACCGGCAAGUCCGCAGUUCAUUCUCAGGACGUCAUGAGUCAAAUCCAGUCGCUUCAAGCCCAGGUCACGCAUCUCCAAUCUUACCUCCCAUCGCCCAACUACGCCUGGGAGGUUGAAGUCGUCUUCUUGCCCUUCCCCUUGAAGAGGCUCUGGCAGCCUAUCCACCAGUUCAAGCCUGAAUCGGCCACUCUCAGCAACGACGAUUGGACACAGCUUCCCAUGACGCACAGUACCAUGACACGGCGCUCACAAUCCCCCUUCCCCAACGACUGGGCCGCCGCGGAGCACGAUGCGGAAUGGCUACUGCCGAGGGCGUGCGGCAACACGAGCGUCGUCGACAAGCGGCUACGUAGCCGCGGCCUGAUCCAAAAGGUAGCCGUCAGAGCACCCGACCACAGAAGCGUCCAGACUGCGGUUCAGUCGGCCUUUGGCAACGUCUUUCGGGAGAUGCAGAUGCGCCCGCGGAUGCACUCCACCGAUCCCAGGUUUGUGAGACUUCUUGGUCUCCAGCAAAACUGGGUACCCUUGCGCAAGAUUCACAAGGACUCUCGCCUGCGCUUUCUGAGCCCGGCCGAGAUGAUGACCCCCAGUCUGUGGGACGUCCAGUUCUUGAACUCGGUCAUGAUGAGGUCUUCCGAGCCGCGGCUGUUCAUCACCCAUCCCAACGCAUAUCUCCAGGACAUCCAGGCCUAUGAGACGGGCUGGACUUGGCAGAGAGUGCGAGAGCUUAAUCGGGUCUACCAGGACGUCACCGAGUCGCAGGAGGUGCCUGAAGCGGAUGCCAUGGAGGAGCACUGGUCGUGGAGCGAGCAACUGGACGAGCCGCCAAGCGCGCAUACAUCCAUGAGCAUGCGACAAGAGCGAGCUCGUGCGUCCAUGUCGCCCCUGAUUGUUCACAAUCAUUCGUGGAGGCGAUCCAUGAGCCCGGCUGUCGAGCGCAUCCAGUCUCCCAUGCCGAUGCUCCGCCGAGACUCAUUACCGCCUCACAUCCGCACGACGUCACUGCCGGUUGCUGCGCAGGCCCGCAGCUCUCCCACCGUCGACAAACGCCGCGUUGCGUCGUACGGUCAGAGCCGACGGUCCACCCCUAGCGUCAGAGCGAUGUCCCAGGCCGGAGUCAUGAAGAGGCGUCGCACUCGAUCUCCAAGCCACCACCGCUUCACACCAAGAUGGACGGCCUCGCCUAGCCCCAUGCCACAGGGCCUCAGCGACCGGCAGGUGCCCCGAGGCACGACGCCAUUUGCCUAUGCGACGCCUUACAGCAAUGCGCCGCUGCAGGAAUUGCGCCCCGUACGGAGCAGCAGCGUGGCACGCACGGCCACGGAAUACCUCCCCGAAUAUGAUAACCCCCUCGCGCACAUUGACAUUUACGAGAGCGCGUCAGAUGAAUCAUACGUUGACGGCGACGAGGAAGAGGAGGAUGAGAGCGUCACGAGCGAGGACAUUGUGACUCACGUUCCCCCUCUGGGUGACUCACAGCAGUGGCAGCUGCCUGAGGAUGAGCCUUGGCCCGGCAUCGAGGAUCGGGCCCGGGACCGCCUGUCGGACGGGGAGAACAUUGACCCCAUCCAACAGCCAGACGACGGCCAGCACAGCGAAGCCAGCAGCCAACCGUCCGAGUACCCUAGCACGAAUCACGCGUGGCCCGAGGGCGAUGACGGCGCGGGCUUCGACAUCCACGAGGAUGAGAACUGA